AUGAGCUACUACGCCUCUAGCCGAAAACCCGUCCUCCGAUCGCGCCUGUCUCCCGAGCUCGAAUCAUCACCGGCAUCCUCAACCCGCGCUGUCACCCCACCGGGAGGUGCCUCCUCCGCGAGCUCAUCAACCUUCCUAACUGCAUCUGUCUCGAACCUCUGGGGCGGCCUCGUUCGCCGCUUCUCGGCCGAGCCAUCCUCAUCCACGCCCGCCCAAACGGCGCCCAGCCUGCCACACGCGAAGACGUUCCAACCAGACGGCGACUCAAACGGCGGGGUCUAUUCCCUACCACAUCACCAUAUUCUCCGUUCGCACCGCACCGCUUCCCCCAUGCGGCCCCCGCCUCUGGAACCGUUGCAGCUACUCGGCUUCUCGGACGACACCAGGGCGGACGCACGGCUUCUCACGGUGGCUAUUGCCGAGGAGAUCCGGCUUAUGGUACCCGCGCGGCUAAGCAUCGUGGACGAGUGGAGACUGGUGUACAGUCUCGAGCAGGACGGAGCCAGUCUAAGCACCCUGUACGAAAGGUGCGCGCGAUACCAGGGGAAGCGGGUUGGGUUUGUGUUGUGCGUAAAGGACUGCGAGGGAGGGAUCUUUGGCGCAUACCUAUCCGACCACCCUCACCCGGCGCCCAAGUACUUUGGGACAGGCGAGUGCUUCCUCUGGCGCGCGUCGGUCAUGGCAUCCCUGCCUCCGCCGCCGUCAGCCAUCGACGACGACAACAAUAACAACAGCAUCUCCACAACCGCGGGGAGAUCGACCACGAUUCCCGCAGCUACUGCCGAGAACAAACAGCAACAGUUCAUACGCUUCAAGGCCUUCCCCUACUCGGGCGUAAACGACUACUACAUGCUCUGCGAGUCGCACUUCCUCAGCCUCGGCGCCGGCGACGGCAAGUACGGCCUGUGGCUCGACGACGGCCUCGAAAAGGGCGUCAGCGCGACAAGCCAGACGUUUGGCAACGAGCCGCUCAGCGACGAAGGGGAAAAGUUUGGCGUGCUGGGCGUCGAGAUGUGGGUCAUUGGUGCGUAA